AUGGGUUCCCACUCCAAGACCAAUACCGUGCACGUGGUGGCCGUGCCUUAUCCCGGCAGAGGCCACAUCAACCCUAUGAUGAACCUCUGCAAGUUAAUAAUUUCUGAUUACAACUUUCUCAUCACCUUCGUCAUCACAGAGGAAUGGUUAGGCUUCAUCGGAUCCGAGGUCAAGCCGCCUAAUAUUCGCUUCGCUACCAUUCCUAACGUCUUGCCCUCCGAGCUGGUUCGGGCAGCCAACAUGCCCACGUUCAUCGAGGCGGUUUUCACCAAAAUGGAGGAGCCGUUUGAGCAGCUUCUCACUCGGCUGGAGCCGCCGGCGACGCUCAUCAUAGCCGAUACGUUCCUAAAGUGGGUGGUUGACGUCGGUAAUCGGAGGAAUAUUCCGGUGGCGUCACUUUGGACGAUGCCGGCGUCGGUGUUUUCGAUCUUUUACCAUUUUGACCUUCUUGUCCAGAAUGGGCAUUUUCCCGCUGAAUUGGCCGAGGACGAGGCUUUAACCCUUGACCAGACUUCAAGAAUGAUUUCAAUAUGGGAGAAUUUUUACAAAAAUAAAGAACAUCAUUAA